AUGAGUAUAACAGAAGAGGGUUUGCGAGAGGAUUUGCAAAACGGUGAAGCUAAGUAUGGGACUUAUAUUGCGAUAAACGAGUACUCGAAACGGAUGGAGGACGAGUUGGAUAUGAAGCCUGGUGAUAAAAUAGAGGUAAUUACUGAUGACGGCGAAUAUAACGAUGGUUGGUACUACGGUAGAAACCUAAGUACUGGGGAGGAAGGUUUAUAUCCAAAGCUGUUUACGCAAGAGAUUUCUAUAGCGCGACCAUCAGCUAUGAGGAAUAAGUCCAACAAAAGAAUCAGUAAUGCCACCGGAAACGAUAGCACGGAGAAUUUGACCAAGGGAAUUAGUGUUAAGACCACUAUGAGUGAUAUCGACCGGGUUCUUGAGGAGUUACGAGGGGAGUCACUUAAUGAUGUGAAUGUUUCGUUUGCGCAGGGUUCAAGCAGUGGGAACACUACGCUGACUAACUACGAGCGCGGUUCCUUAUCAUCGCAUGGUCAGGAAGUUAACCAAGCUGAAGAAAGCAAGGACGAAGCCCUAAACCCUGGCGACGCUCUAUCGUGGUCACCAGAGCAGGUUGCGAAGUAUAUGCGAUCCGUUGGGUUUGAAGAUAAGUAUGCCUCCAAGUUCGAGGAGCACGAAGUUACUGGAGCCAUAUUAUUGGAGCUCGAGUUAGCGCAUUUGAAGGAACUUGAUAUCACCUCAUUCGGAACACGUUUUGAACUUCACAAAAGAAUCGAGGCUAUAAAGGAGCAGGUUUCAAACAAGAACAGCAAUCUGGCUCAGCGUGGAGACGCUGGAAACGCCUUUGGUGGGUAUAAUAAAUCACCUAAGUUGCUGGAUGCAGCACCGCUGAAGCACAUACAGGAGACUCGUAGAGUAGAAGUAACCUCAGACAAAGAAGAGAAUCUAAUGCCUGUCCAGGAGAAGCCCAUACCAGCCCUGCCUCUGAAACUGAACACUACACCUAGUCAACUGUGGAAUAGAAGAUCUGCAACUCUACGCUUAGAUGAACCUGGAAGACUGAGGGAGGCUAGUGAUGUUGUUCCGCAAAUGCGCAGCUUUGCUAAUACUCCGCGGUUAAGGUCAUCUAUGAUAGUUCCACUGGAAGAUGGUGCAGUCGAUGACACAUUUUUGUCUCCUCGUAGGGCUCCGAUCCCACCUUCUUACCCCUCUCCUGUACAGCCACCAAAGUCGCCUGCUUUUAAUAGGUCCACCUUUUCACCUUCUUCACCAUUGGGCAGAAUUUCUCCUUUCCAGAAGAAUGGAAGUUCAUCAAAUGAAAACGUACUGAAAACGGUUCAGUCUCCAUCCUCUUUAGGAAAUAGUUUUGGAAAGCGUAUACAGGGGACGCAGAAUGAGGGAGCAAACAUCGACAAUAUGGACACUACAGAACUACCUAAUCCUUAUGCGUCCUCUCUGCAAUCCGAAACCAAGAUGGAAACCAUUGGUUCCUCCGCACCUCCAGUUAUUUUACGGAAACAUAAAAAAUCAAAAUCCAGCGGUUCUUUCGUAGAACUGUUUAACAGGAUUUCGCUGUUAUCAUCUCCAACUGAUGAUGCUGUGGAAACCUUCGAUAACUCGGAGGUACCAUCGAGCGAUAGGCCUACAUCUAGUAUUUAUGCUCAUUCAGCAAAUGCUUCUGGCACUCAGAGCCGCCCUAGCAUCACAGUUACAACUGAUCCUCAGACAAAACACAGGAGGAACUCUUCAAUUCCUGCUUUCAUAAGUAGAGAAAAGGACCAAUUUCCCCCAUCGCAAGAUGCGCUUCUGUCGACUCCGCAGAUGUCUAGACGUGGAUCCUUAUCGGACUUGAAAUUAGGUGUCUUUGAUAACAACUACAGUGCUGACAGUACCAGAAGUUUCAAGAAGGCCUCAACGGCAGACGUUACUUCAGAUGUUUACGAGGUCGAGAAAGUUCCUACUGAAGAUGAGAGUUCUAAAUCUAAAGAGCGACUAACAACGUUUAAUAUGAAGAGUAGUGAGGAGCAGAGAAGGUCCGUGAGUGCUAAAGAGCAACGUGUUCCAGUUAACAAAUAUUUCGAUGCUCGGGAAGAGCUCACGAGCAAGACCUCUCUGUCUACUGAAAGAAGCGGUACAAAGGACUCUAAAAGAUCUCUAAGUGAUGCGGUAAAGUCUAUGAAAAGACUCAACGGCGGCAAGAGUCUAUCUAAGAAGCAAACAUCUGCCUUUACUGGUGGAAUCAGAAACGUUUCGGUUGACGAUUCCAUUAAAGAUGCUGAUUGCUCCGGAUGGAUGAGUAAGAAGGGCGCAGGUACUAUGGGGGUGUGGAAAAAUAGAUUCUUCACCCUACAUGGUACCAGAUUAUCGUAUUUUUCAAAUAUUUCGGAUACUAGAGAACGAGGGUUGAUUGAUAUUACUUCCCACAGGGUAUUACCUGCUAAGGAAGAUGAUAAAUUUGUGGCACUAUAUGCUGCCAGCGUAGGCAAGGGUCGUUACUGUUUUAAAUUGGUCCCACCUGCUCCUGGCUCCAGAAAAGGAUUGACAUUCACACAACCUAAGAUCCAUUACUUCGCUGUUGAAAGCAAAGAAGAAAUGAGAACUUGGAUGGCUGCGCUAAUGAAAGCAACGAUUGAUGUCGAUACUACUGUUCCCGUGAUCAGUUCAUGCGCCACGCCUACAGUUUCUUUGUCAAGAGCCCAAGAACUUUUCUCCCAAGCCUUGGAAAAAACAUACAAGAGGGAUGAAAGCAUGUUGAACCAAGAGGAUUCGGAGGAGAUGUAUUGGGAACAAAAUCGCCGUUUAGAAGCGGAAGAUACAUUAAACGGCUCUAGUUCUUUUAGUUCUUCACAAAAUCGUCGAAGCCUAAGCAAUACUAAUGUCGGCGUGAAUGAUAACAAGAUUAAUUAUUCUUCCACCAUGCCGUCUUACAUGGAUAUGGACUCACCAACUGCUUCAGCAAGUACAGCAACAGGAAAAAAUUCGCAGCAAUUUCGGUUUAGUUUUGAACAGCCUACUUCAGCACUCAAUAACGUUGGUGGGUACUUAGGCCUUGAUCCAAAGUUCUUAGGGGACAGGAUUUGA